UCUAAAAAAGAAAGUUCGAAAGUUUUUCUUGUGCAUAAAAUUGGUAUACAAUUAAAUUUCCAAUUUGUUAAAAUGGCUGAUAAAUAUACGGAUACACGACGCACAAAGUCGAGGGUUUUCUACAGACAACCAAACAAUGGCGACUCCGCAGAAACUUCUACAGUUGGAAAUCCUGGUGUGGGAAACUCGACACAGAAUAGAAAGUGGCGUAAUUGUAUCGUGAGGUCGACUGCAUCGGUAACCGGAAAUAGAACUUCGGAUACUUCUAAUUCGGAUAGUUAUGGUUCUUCGAAUCUUCAGGAUUUUUCGAGAGGAAAAUCAUUGAUGAGCCUUGGUAAUACAUCACAGAAUAGAAUGAAUUGCACCAAAAAUCUUGACACAGUUGUAUUGCCAACCGGAAAUGGAGUUUCAACCAAUAAAUUCAAUUCGGAGAAGCUGAUUUCGUAUAAAAGUGGUUCAUCGAAUAUCGAGAAUUUAUCUAGAGAAAUAUCAUCAAUGAGCAUUGGUAACUCUGGUCAAAAUAAGAAGAAAACCAAUGAAUCUGUUGGUGCUGCUGCGUUGUCGACUGGAAAUAGAACUUGGAACGGCAAAGACGAGUUGAUGAAGUCAAAUUCGUGUGAUCCUGGCUCGUCUAAUCUGGAUAUACCAAGGCGACGCUCGUUGAAUGCUAGAAAAUGGUCUCAGAAUAGAAUGAAGCCAGACGAAACGGUUGGAGCUAGAGCAUUGGCAACGAAAAAUAGGACUUCGAACGGGAAAGACAAGAUAAAGUUCAUUGGGAAAACCGGAAACAAAUCAACUACUCAUACAGCGGCUGUGAACAGACCAUAUCAAGACGGAGAUGUGUAUGAUUGUGAUGAGUCUGAACUACUUCAUCAAAUGAGUGAAUUGGAUUGUGAUUGUAUGUAUGAACUAUAUCAUAUGGAUGAAUACGAUUGUGAUGAGCCUAGUCUAUAUGAUUUUUGGGGAAAUUACUAAUUCGAAUAUUUCCUAACAUACCACUUC